AGCUGUUUCACUACCGCGACGCUCGUAGCAUCAGCACGAGUUGUCCGCUCAGAGAUUUUUUCAAGAUUUUUGUCUUCCGCUUGCAGCACAUAACGUAUACAUAGAAGUUCUUUUUAAAGAUUGAGUGUAAAGUCAGAACCUCUAUUAAUACUGUGACCAAGCAGUGACAAAACUAAAAAAUUCCAAGUUAUUGAGGUGAUUCGCCCGUUAAAGAAGAUACUUGUUCCCUUGCUCGGUGCGUCACAGCAUCGAAGAUCUCGUGAAGAGCAGCACUAGGCUGUUCUUCAGUUCCCCAGCUCCCAGCAUGGACCCGCCGACCGCGUCAGCAGCGUCUUCCAAUAAUUACCAAGAGCACUUGCAGCAGAAGUAUACUGCCCAGGUGCGCCCGCCGAAUUUCUCGAUUUGGGCCAUCGGACACGGCUGGGAGGGCACGGCCAGCGAUUGGACCGAGUACGUGUUUCUGACCCUCGGGUUUUUGAGCUUAGUCUUUUGGCUGCACACCAACAACCCAAGUUACCUGGGCGAGCCCGAGGUGGUCGAGGGAGAAACGGGUGCGGCAGACGAGGAGGACCUUCAAGUCGAAGACCCGCAGCUUCUUGAGGACAAGGGCACGGCAACUCCGUCACAACUUGAGUUGACCGAACAGGAGAAAACCUUGCUCACAAACAGUACGAAUUCCAGCACUGCUUCGCCUGCGGUGAAAAAGGGCGUGGCUGAGAUUACGAAUACGGGAGCGAAAACUACAACGAACGCAUCGAAGAAGAAGAAAAACUGA